UCAGCACUCAGCAACCUGAAGCUUACAAUCUUUUCAUGACCACAGCUGUAGGUGAUGGCAUCAAACUGUGGGAUUUAAGAACACUGAGGUGUGAACGUCGUUUUGAAGGACACAUUAGCCGCUGCCAUCCAUGUGGAAUUGCAGUAUCUCCUUGUGGGCGGUUUAUAGCCAGUGGAUCAGAUGACAAAUAUGCUUAUAUAUAUGAGAUGCGUUCAAGCACCUUUUUGCAUAAGUUGGGAGGGCACACAGAUUCUGUCAUCAAUGUGACUUUUUGUCCCUCAUCUCCCAAGCUCACCACAGCCACCUUGGAUGGCAAACUCCAUUUGUUCCUACCUUGAUGUUUGACAGCCCAUGGAACUUUGGCUCUAGUGCUCUGAGGAUAACGGUUUGCUGAGAGACAGGAGACCCGUAACUGCAAGAAACAUGAUAUUCCUUUUUAAACUGAAGUUUUCUUCUGAUUUGGUUUUCUGCAAGUUCCUCAAACUGUUCUUGAAGCUUUUCUGUUGUAUAGAUAUAA